GCUUUCUUAAUUGUUGUUGAUUGUAAUGACAUUUGUACAGAAAUGUUGAGUGUUUGUUAAAUCAAAUUUUUUUGAUCAUUGUGACUAAUCAUUAGUGUUGUAUUAGAUAUGAAAUAAACAAUUUUACUAGUAUUAUUUAAAUACGUUUUAUUUGUUGUCUAGUGUAGUCCUCGAUUUCUAUACUCUAUCAGUUUCAGCAGACUUUAUUAGUCCAUAAGAUGGCUGAUUCUAGUGACUUGGAUUGGCAGAUAGAACAACUAAAAAAAUGUGAAAUUAUCAAGGAAGCAGAAGUCAAAGCUCUUUGUGCAAAAGCACGUGAAAUUCUUAUAGAAGAAAGUAAUGUGCAAAGAGUCGAUUCUCCGGUUACUGUGUGUGGAGAUAUUCAUGGACAAUUUUAUGAUCUAAAAGAAUUAUUUAAAGUUGGCGGAGAUGUCCCAGAAACAAAUUAUUUGUUUAUGGGCGAUUUUGUAGACAGAGGAUUUUACAGUGUCGAAACAUUUCUCCUUCUUUUGGCAUUAAAAGUUCGCUAUCCUGACAGGAUUACGUUAAUAAGAGGAAAUCACGAGUCUCGACAAAUUACUCAAGUUUAUGGUUUUUACGACGAAUGUCUCCGUAAAUAUGGCAGUAUUACAGUUUGGCGAUAUUGUACUGAAAUAUUUGAUUAUUUAUCCCUGUCUGCUAUUAUUGAUGGAAAAAUAUUCUGUGUUCACGGGGGUUUAUCUCCGAGUAUUCAAACGCUCGAUCAAAUUAGAACUAUAGAUAGGAAGCAAGAAGUUCCACAUGAUGGACCAAUGUGUGAUUUACUUUGGUCAGACCCCGAGGACACUCAAGGUUGGGGAGUUUCGCCUCGUGGAGCUGGUUAUCUUUUCGGAAGCGACGUAGUAGCACAGUUUAAUUCCGCAAAUGACAUUGAUAUGAUAUGUAGAGCCCAUCAAUUAGUUAUGGAAGGUUAUAAAUGGCAUUUUAACGAGACUGUUUUAACUGUUUGGUCAGCACCUAAUUAUUGCUACAGAUGCGGAAACGUAGCUGCGAUAUUAGAAUUAAACGAGCACCUUCAACGAGAGUUCACAAUAUUCGAGGCGGCACCACAAGAAAGUCGAGGAAUACCCAGUAAAAAGCCCCAAGCUGAUUACUUUUUAUAAAACAAUUUUUUCAUUGAAACUGACUGUAUAAACCAAAAUAUCUCCAAAUAUUUAAAAAGAAAAAAAGAUCCUCUUAAACGAUUGCAUGAUAUGUAUUUUGAUACAUGUACACAUGUCCAAUAAAGAUGGAAAGCAGCUUGAUCGCAAAAGUAUAAUAGAUAAAUGACAAAUUGGUGGGUUUGUAACUGAAUGCUAUAUUAGAGUGUUAACGGUAAAUGAAUAACCAAUUUGAUAAAAUACAUAUAUUGAAUACAUGUAUUUCUACUAUUAUAUUUUGGUUAGUAAUAGAAUUAAUUGAUAUUCGACUCUAUUGAACGGUAAAUGAUUUUAUUUUUUGCAAUUAAUUAGGAUUUGUGUUUGUUUUUACAUUGCAAGUUUUAUAUUUAACAGCGCAAGUACAAACUUUAAAUUUUGCUUAAAUGUAAUUUAAAUGUAAAAUUGUUUUAGACUUCGACUUUUAAAUUUUUGCUCAUUUCAUUUUUAUUCAAUUAAUUUACCAGUUAUAGUUUAAACGUUAAAUUUAAUACAGAGGGUAUUUGAAAACGAUGGAACAUACAGAAACGUGUAAAUUCUUUAUGCAAAAAGGAAAUGUAAAAGUUAUUUAUCAUUUUGUAAUCCGAGGCUUCAUUUUUGCGAUAUAAACAAUUAAGUAAAGCUUUUAUGUACGUGAAUUCCAUGUAUACGUAUUUCUCUGUGUGAAAAUGCUAUUUAUAGUCCAGUCAGUUGACCGCACAACAGCACAUGUACCACAGUUGGGCAAAUUUUAUUCGUGAAUAACGAAUACAAGUUUUACAUUGAUUUGUAAACUAAUUUUUAUGUUUCAUUCAUAAAUUUAUUUAUAAAUUAGAAUUUCUUAAAACCAAUAUUUAGACGAGCAAAGUUGUAGGCAAAAACUAGUUUACGAAUGAAUUGUAACAUUCUUAUUCAUUAUUUGAGAAUAAAAUUUGUUUGAUCUAUCACGAAAACAAAAUCUCAGAUUUUAAAAGGAUGCAGGACUUUUGGCUGUCUCACCACUGUUUCAUCUUAUUUCAUCGUUUUGAAAUACCUUGUAUUUAAUAUACUGAUACAUUUUAAGUUAAUAUUAUUGUAAAUGUUAAAUUUAUUAUUGAUCUAUGUAGAGAAUAAUUUAAAUAGUUUACAAUAAAAGUAUCAAUA